UUUUUUUAUUCGUAAUUUUCAAACGCUUUGUAUAUUGACGUCUAUUUGUUUUUGCCUCGUUUAUAAUCAAAUCGAGUUAGUUGUACGAAUUAUUUUUUAAGUGCUACUUGAUUAAGUUAAAAUCGAACUGUAUAUUGAUUUUUUUUUUUUGAAGAACCAUAUUAAAUAAACAAAAAAAAACUGUAAAAAAAUGGUGAACUACGUGCUUUCUUUUUGCAAAAUUACCGGAGCCAGUAAAAUAUUCAAAAGGAAUUUUUAUCUACCCUUACUGAAGCCGCUCACGCCAAAAGAUGCUUUACGCACCCUCAGAAUAACAGGCAAAUGGCUUUUGGGUGCAAAAUACCAACAUUACGCGCCAGUUUUGCGUAACCACAAACAAAAACGCUCAAAGAAAUCUAAAAACUAUGGCACCAAAAAACAUAACAAAGCUAACGAUUUCACAUACAUGACUCCAAAUUUCGAUCCUGAAAACGAAAACCAGAAACGAUUAUUGAAAAUAUUAGAAAGCAAACCAAACGAAGGUCCGAUGUUUGUCUAUACCGUGGAAGAUAAAAAGUACAACAUAGUCGUACAAGCAGCUUUCGAGCUAGCUGUACGAGAUGGUGAUAUCUUAGACGUAAUGAUAUCACAAAAAACAGACAAAAUCCUCGUUAAAACUAAAGAUUUCAAAAAAGUCCCUAUAGAAAUGCAAUACUUUGAACAAACCGGCGAUGAUUUGUAUUGCGGCGAGGGCGCCACCUCAGCUGACGAGGAAAAAUUCCAUCACCACGGCAAAUACACCAUGAGCCUAGCCAAACUAUUCGAAGACAAAGAAAUGGAAGAAGAAAAAUGGGAACAAGAACUAAAGAAAAUAAUGAAAAAACGCAAAAAACACAAAUGGGAGGGUACGAAAGCUUUCAAAGAAAUGAUGAAACACAUAAUGCGUAAGUUUGACUGGAAAAAGUUCGAAGAAGACGCCAAACAAGUAAUAGACGAUAUUGAUAACCCAGUUACCGAAAACCCCAUACCUAUGGAAAUAGCUGAUCUGGAAGCUACAAAACACGUAAACGAAACACUUGCUCAAAAAGAAGAGUUGCUCAAUCAACUCCCAACGCUAAAAGACAUACCCGAAAUUCUUAAAAAUCUGGGUGAUGCCACCUUGACUCAAAUCGAAUCGAACGAUAAACGAACAGUUUCAGGAGCAACAGUUACCCUACCUUCUGGAAAACAAUGUUUCAUUAGUGGCCAAAUGGUUCACACUGAAGAAGGAGACGUGUUUGUUCCAGGCCAAACUGUAGAAAACGAAUACGGAGCUGAAUACGCUCCAGGAAUUACUAUAAACAUCGACAACAAUCCUACAUUGGUUAAUGGAUUAAUAAUGGGCGACGAUAGUAAAGACCCACUAUUUUUACCAACUCAAUCUACAAUUACUUCAGGGGGACAAUUAACAUUUGCUACAGCAGCUGAAGAACGGCCAGCUCCAGAACCCGAAGAACAACGACAAAAAAGACGCAGAAAGUUGUUGAGGAUUAUAAGUGUUGUGCCUGAAGAAGACAACAACAACGAAGAAUGUUUGAAAGAGGUAAUUGAAGAUAUUAUGAAAGAAAAUGGAGUGCAAGAUUUUGAAAAUAUUGAAAUUAUUGUUGAAAAUUGUAAUAAAAAUUUAUUGGACGAUGAAGACUCUGAUGUAUCAACUGAUGAACCUUCAACAUCUGAAGAGCUUAAUAAUUCUGAUAUAGAGGAACUAGAUUUGGAAGCUAUAAGAUUAAAACAUGAGCAACAACGCAAAGAGCUUGAGAAACUAAAACUUAUACUUCAAGAUGAUGGAAUAAAUGAUUUAAUAUUGUCUUUGGAAGAGAAAAAAAAGCAACUGCAAAGAAAACUUGAAGAGCUGAGAAAAUUAAGCAUGACUUCUGAAAAUAAUUUAAUCUCCUACAUAAACGAUAGUGAUGCAUUUGAGGCUGCUUUAAAAAUAACUGACGACAAGGAGAGUAUUAAUAGAUUACCAGAAGUUUUAAUUGCUCUUACAAGAAGAUCGGCGGCCUUUCGGGACAGAAACAACAUUAGAGUUGAAAACAUAAAUCUAGACGUAAACAUAAACCCAACCGAAAAAGACAUAAAAUUCAACAAGUGUUCUGAAAAAUUGAAAAUUUUAUUUAAAACAGCUUUGGUAGCUGCCAAUGAUGUUUACAAAAGCAGACCGAAAGAUCAAAUAUUAGCUUUGCAUUCAAUUGUGGAAAUUAUUGAGGAAAGUCUUAGGAAAAAUCCCAGCUUGCUUCAAGAGCUUUUGAAACUACUCGACACUCCAUAUGAUCGUUUGGAAAUAUGCGACGCAGUCCUCAAACAACUCACACAAGAUAUUUCACACACAAAGGUAGCUUGUUUGAAAAAGCUUACGGCCAAAAAUCAAACUCUGCAUGAUUGCCUUAAAUAUUUGGAUAAAAUAAUUGACGAUGGCACUGUUAUGAAUGUUUCAUUUGCUAAAUUAGCCAAACUUUGUCCUGAAAUUAUAAGUGAUUUGGCUGAACAAGUACAAUUAAGAAUAAAACAUGCAAACUCUGAGGACAAGGCUUUAGAAGCUCUACAAGACAGCAUUGUAGCAACCGUAAAUGCAUUAAUGGACAAUAAUUUUGAGGAAUUAUUAAACAAAAAAGAAAGUACUGUUUUGGAAUUUAUUGAAGAAGCUAUAAGUUUUGCUAAAGCUCUAGACUUAGAGGAUAUAAUUGAAAACUUAUCUACACCCAAAACAGCUUUGAACAACUUGAAAGAUUCCUCAAUAGAUAUGCUAAAAAGGAUGACAAUAAUACGACAAUUAUCCGAAAAGGAUUACUCAUUAAAAACAGCCAUAAGUAGAAUAAAAAAGAAUCCAGAAUGUGCCAAAUCAGAUCCCAGAAUCCGCCAACUAAUCAGAGAAAGUGCCAUAGUUAUAUCAGAAAUGUCACCAUUGAGAAAUUCCAGAGACGUGCCUUACGAUCUGAUGAAAAAACAAAAUCUAUUAGCCAUAGAAGAUUUUCUAAUGCGCAAAAUGCGUUUAGAUGUUCCAGCAUUAAUUACCAGGGGCAAUUACCAAGCGGUUAUACCAAAAGAGUCUGCCAGAGGCGUUUUAGCUGGCAGAGUCCCAUAUAUUCUCAUAGAUGAAUCGGGUGUUACCAAUUUUAAACCAAUGCACAUGCUAUCUUCAAUAAACGUGAAUAAAAAUCGCGAAAGAAGAAUCGACGAUUAUUUGAGUGGAGUGCGCGAAAGAUCGAAGUCGAUCGAUAUGGAUCAACAAAAAACUUAUCUACAAGCUAAAACUAAUGCGCCCGAUGGUAAAUACGUGGGUACCGCAUCGAGGGAUAGGGCCAUGAGCUCUGGUGCCCUUUUUGGGCACCGUGUCUGAGAUGCGGGAAGAAGAGCUAGAGGUCGCCCUCAAGGUGGUGAUCGUCGGUAAUGGAGGUGUAGGCAAGUCCAGCAUGAUUCAACGUUACUGCAAGGGCACCUUCACCAAAGACUAUAAAAAAACUAUUGGAGUCGAUUUUUUAGAAAGACAAAUCGAAGUCGAUGGUGAAGAUGUCCGUUUGAUGUUAUGGGACACUGCGGGACAAGAGGAAUUCGACGCCAUCACCAAAGCCUACUACAGAGGUGCUCAAGCUUGCGUUUUAGCUUUUUCCACUACCGAUAGGGAUUCAUUCGAAGCCGCACAUUCAUGGAAACUCAAGGUUGAAAACGAAUGCGGUGAAAUCCCUACGGUUAUAGUACAGAACAAAAUUGAUCUUAUGGAACAAAGUGUAGUCAAUCCGUAA